GGAUUCAUUUCACAACACAGCUCCCACCACCAGUCCCUCUCCUCACCAGUGACACCACUACACACGCUUAACCGGAAUCAUCCACCGAUACAUACCUACAUACACAUAUAUACACGAAAAACAUCACUCCUUUUUUUAGGUGGCCUGUUUAGCCAUCUCUCUCUCUCUCUCUCUCUCUGUACGAAUUCAUUUUCAUGUAUACAUUAUUUGGUCAUAACUAGAGAGCAUCACUAACGUAACAAGUUUCUGGUCUUCUUUGGUUUGGUCCCCUCACUCUCUCUCUCUCUUACUGACUCCCUUCCCUACAUCGAACUUGUCUCUUUCUACCUUUUCUCCCUCCAGAUUCUUUUUCUCUUUAUAUGAUCAACGAACGAACCCCGUAUAUGUCUUUUCUCAGAGAUUCCAGACGCAUACCAGAGACCACUCAUUCAUACUCUCAUUAGACAUUAGCGGAGAUUGGAGAACAAACAUCGCUUAGUUUAGUUACUUAUACUGAUCAUACACAUAUAUAAUUUUUUUUUUUAAUAAUAAAUAGAUGAAAGGCUUUAUAAGGCACGAACGACGGUGGGCGUCGGACACCGUUCCAGGUAACACAUUGAGCGCGGGGUCGACGCCAGGAACUAACUCCGGAUCAUCGCCGGCAGCGGAGGAGUUCGUUGAAGUAACGCUCGAUCUCCAAGCCGAUGACACGAUCGUGCUUCGUAGUGUCGAGCCAGCGACGGUUCUCAAUAUCGACCGCGACAUCACCGUUGUCGGAGGAACGGACACUCCGGUAUCGCCGUCGUUCUCGGUGUCGGCCUCCGCCUCCGCCUCCGCCUCUGCCUCGAGGUCGCCGACGAUGCGGCGGAGUGUGUCGAUUAAUCGUCUAUUUCAGUUCUCGCAGGAGUUGAAAGCCGAGGCGGUGGCAAAAGCGAAGCAAUUCUCUCAGGAUUUGAAGGCAGAGUUGAGGCGGUUCUCGCGGAGUCACGGUCACGCCUCUCGAGUCCUCUCUUCUUCACCUUCUUCGGCGCUUCACAGCAUCGUCGUCGGACACAGUGGUGGUUUGGAAUCUGCUUUGGCCGCUCGAGCUCUCCGUCAACAACGAGCUCGGCUCGAUCGGACUCGUUCAGGUGCUCAAAAAGCUCUUCAAGGACUCAGAUUCAUCAGCAGUAGAAAAACUAACGGCGUCGAUGGCUGGAACGAAGUUGAAAACAGCUUCUACAAGCUUGCCAAGGACGGCUAUCUCUAUCGUUCCGAUUUUGCGCAAUGCAUAGGAAUGACAGAUUCGAAGGAAUUUGCACUGGAAUUGUUCGAUGCAUUGAGCAGGCGACGGAGGUUGAAGGUUGAUAAGAUCAGCAGAGACGAGCUUUAUGAGUACUGGUCUCAAAUCACUGAUCAAAGCUUCGAUUCUCGCCUCCAGAUCUUCUUCGAUAUGGUGGACAAGAAUGAGGAUGGCAGGAUCAAUGAAGAGGAAGUCAAAGAGAUCAUAAUGCUGAGUGCAUCUGCAAAUAAGUUAUCAAGGUUAAAAGAACAAGCAGAGGAAUAUGCAGCUCUAAUUAUGGAAGAGUUAGACCCUGAAAGGCUUGGCUACAUUGAGCUAUGGCAGCUGGAGACACUUUUGCUACAGAAAGACACAUAUCUAAACUACAGUCAAGCACUCAGCUACACAAGCCAAGCCUUGAGCCAGAACCUGCAUGGACUCAGAAAGAGAAGCCCAUUAAGAACAAUGAGCACAAAUUUUGUCUACUUCUUGCAAGAGAAUUGGAGGAGAAUUUGGGUUCUCUGUUUGUGGAUCAUGAUAAUGAUUGGUCUGUUCACAUGGAAGUUCUUUCAGUACAAACAGAAGGCAGCAUUCCAAGUCAUGGGUUACUGCCUCCUCACCGCUAAAGGCGCAGCCGAGACCCUGAAAUUCAACAUGGCUCUUAUCUUAUUGCCUGUGUGCAGGAACACCAUUACUUGGCUGAGGAACACCAAGUUGGGCUAUUUUGUACCCUUUGAUGACAACAUCAACUUUCACAAGACAAUCGCAGCAGGCAUAGUAGUCGGUGUCAUACUCCAUGCUGGGAACCACUUGGCGUGUGAUUUCCCGAGGCUUAUCAAUGAGCCUGAAAAAAAUUAUGAGACGUAUUUGAACGAUGAUUUCGGCAAACACAAACCCAAGUACAUCACCCUGAUUGAAGGUGUUGAGGGUGUGACUGGAAUUCUAAUGGUGAUCUUCAUGACCAUUGCUUUCACACUCGCCACACGGUGGUUCAGGCGCAGCCUUAUUAAGCUGCCCAAGCCCUUUGACAGGCUCACAGGCUUCAAUGCAUUCUGGUAUUCGCACCACCUUUUUGUCAUUGUCUACAUCUUGCUCAUCAUCCAUGGCAUGUAUCUGUAUCUCGUGCACAAAUGGUACCUCAAGACGACAUGGAUGUUCCUUGCUGUUCCUAUUCUUCUGUAUGCAGGGGAAAGGACCCUGAGAUACUUCCGAUCUGGCUUCUAUCCUGUCCGGCUUCUAAAGGUUGCUAUAUAUCCCGGAAACGUUUUAACAUUGCAAAUGUCCAAGCCUCCCCAGUUUCGGUACAAGAGUGGACAGUAUAUGUUCGUCCAGUGCCCUGCUGUUUCUCCAUUUGAGUGGCAUCCAUUUUCCAUAACCUCAGCCCCUAGUGAUGACUAUCUUAGCAUUCACAUCCGCCAACUAGGUGACUGGACACGAGAGCUUAAAAGGGUAUUCUCAGAGGCAUGUGAACCUCCGGUUGGUGGGAAGAGUGGGCUACUCAGAGCUGAUGAAACAACAAAAAAUAGUUUGCCAAAGCUCUUGAUAGACGGGCCUUAUGGAGCGCCAGCACAAGAUUAUCAAAAAUAUGAUGUCCUGCUACUUGUUGGUCUUGGGAUUGGAGCAACACCUUUUAUCAGUAUAUUAAAAGACUUGCUCAUCAACAUUGUCAAAAUGGAGGAGCAGGCUGAAUCAGUCUCAGACUUCAGCAGAGUCUCAGAUCAAAGUAUUGGGGCUACUGAUGAUUCUUCCUCUGUCAGUAAGGGGAAUCCAAAACGAAAGAAAACUUUAAAGACGACAAAUGCUUACUUCUACUGGGUAACUAGGGAGCAAGGCUCAUUUGAUUGGUUCAAAGGUGUCAUGAAUGAAGUUGCUGAACUCGAUCAAAGGGGUGUCAUUGAGAUGCAUAAUUACUUGACCAGUGUUUAUGAAGAAGGAGAUGCUAGAUCAGCCCUCAUCACCAUGGUCCAAGCACUUAAUCAUGCUAAGAAUGGGGUUGAUAUUGUAUCCGGCACUAGGGUGAGAACCCAUUUUGCAAGGCCGAAUUGGAAAAAGGUUCUUUCAAAAAUAUGUACCAAACACGCCAAUGCAAGAAUAGGAGUUUUCUACUGUGGGGCACCAGUCUUGGCUAAAGAACUCAACAACCUCUGUCAUGAGUACAAUCAAAAGGGUUCCACCAAGUUCGAAUUUCACAAGGAGCAUUUCUAAAAAAAACUAUGGUCAGUGCUUAUUGACCAUUAUUUAGUACUCUCCCAUUCCCACCAAGUCACACCCAUCUCUAAAUAAGAGGAAAAAAGAGGUUGCAGUAAAGCUUUGUACAUUCAUAAUAGAAAAUAAUAAGUCUAUCGCACAGAAUUAAAUUACAUAUCAAGAAUAUAUAUGUCAGUAUGGUAAAAUUCGAACUGAUGUAUACUUUCUUGAUAUUUUUGAGUAAUUUAAUUCUUAUUCUUAAAAGAGGAGUAGAUAAAGUAUGUAUACAACAUAUAUUUUUUUCACCAUACUAUUGGAUGGUGAGAUUGGGUUAUAGUAGUCAUACACAUGGCAACCAUCCAAAGGUGGUAGAACAAGUGGUAAGCUGACUCAACCUGGAAGAGGAUCAGAGUGGGAUACAGCUAAAAAAAGAGGUUUGACUUUGGACACGGUGGACAAAGACAGUUUUGAUGUAUCCCACGUGCUUGUGGGGCUAUGGAGGUGUAGGUGGAGGUGGCCCACGGCGGAGUAGGACAGGUUUUGUUUGGUUGUUUGUUGGACUUCUUCUUCAAAUUUUCAUGAAGUUGGACCAGAGAAUCCUUCUAGAAAAAGGGGCCACGUCGACGUGGAGUCAUCUUCAUUUUCUUUUAUGCUUAUAUCAAAUAUCAUUUUAGACUGUGUGUAAAAUGAAGUUUUUCAUGUUGUUUUUGAUUUGCGAAUUUGAAAAAUGAUUUGAAAAGAUAAAAGAUAAAAAUGUGUAAAAAAUAAAUGAAAUGUAGUUAUAAUUCAUU